AUGUACGGCUUCGGCACGCAGUUCGCCCUCGUCAAAUCCUACAGCAUCGCAAGCGGCACCAAGCUCCUCGUCCAGACCCGCCGGCUCACCACCCCCUCCCGCGUCGGCAAGCGCUCCGAGGACACCGGCGUGCUGAUUGGGGAGCUCCUCGUCUCCGGCAUCGACAGUGCGCGCGGGCGCGAGGACCUCGCAAAGAUGAACUGGAUCCACCGCCAGUACGGCUCGCGCAUCGGGAACGACGAGCUGAUCCACACGCUGGCGCUGUUUGCGCUCGAGCCGCAGCGCUGGAUCGACGCCCACGAGUGGCGGCCGCUGACGGACCUUGAGCGGGUCGCCAUCUUCGCUUACUGGCGUGAGAUCGGUCACCGCAUGGGCAUGCGCGACAUCCCGGAUUCCAUCGAUGCGCUGCGACGCUGGGCGGCGGCCUUUGAAAAGACACACAUGGUCUAUGCGGAGUCCAAUUGGCUCUGCACAAACGCCACCCUCGAUCUGUUCGUGCGCCCCCUGCCUGUCUUCCUGCGGCGGUUCGCCAAGUCUCUCAUGGCCUGUUUUCUUGAACCGCAUGUGCGUCCGAUGCUGGGUGUCGAGCACCCUCCGGCGGCGCUCGAGGCCCUCGUCGAGUUUGUGUUCUGGGCGCGUGCGGCCGUCAUCAAGUAUCUCUUUCUGCCGCGGUGGCGCGAUGUGGACGUGCUGGGGAAGCAGGACGGCGCUUCCGGGAGGGUCCGUCGCAAUGCGUAUCUGUUCGAGCCGUGGUACGUCCCCGAGGGGAUGCUCUCUGCCGUCUGGAGGAUGCUGGGGAGUAGUCGCCCGCUACCCGGCCCGGAGUAUAUGAGCGAGGGAUAUCUCCCACGAGAGCUCGGUCCGCUGGAGUUCAAGGAGCGUUCCAAAGAUGAUGUACUCCGAGAAGCGGAGGAAAUGAGAGAGUAUGCGUUGAAGGGAGGCGCAACAGGAAUGGGUUGUCCGUUUUCGUUCGCUGGGUAG